CUACCAUAUUUACGUUUAUUUUUCCACGAAGAGUACGUUAAAUCUGCCGAGCAUUUUGUCGUGAAGGAAGGAUUUUUACAAAAUUAUACGAACCACUGUGAUAAACAUGACGUCGGUUUCAAUUUUGUAAUAGUUUAUAGUAUUUACAUCAGAUGACAAUUUCAGUCAGAAUUUAUUCUUCGAACAAUUUAGAGCUUUAUUAGGAACUAAACACAGGAGGACUAGCCAUUUACAAAACUACGUGCUACAGUUUAUGCCUACACAUGUGUAUGAAGUGAUUCAUUAAGAACCACGUGUCCCGCUCUGUUUAAACAUUUUUGAAACAGUCGUCAUUGAAGGAGAACGAAUAAAGUAGAUCAUAAGUAUGAAAAUGGAAGGUGAAACAACGUCAUUUCGUCUACCGUCUGAUGCUUUUAACUUUGAUACAGAACUUUUUAAUUAUGCUUUGGAGUCUGUGAAGGGUGAUUCUCUGCUACCUUUGAUAAAGGAUGAAUUACGUUGUAAAAUACAGACCAAACGACUUUCUCGGGGAAUGGAAGAACUCAAAGUAGAUUUCCAAAUGAAGCCACCAGCACCUCUGACAACUGAAGAAAAACAAAAACAAGAAAACAGAAAACUUCUGAACAGGGAAUCAGCAAAAAAAUGUCGACGGAAGAAAAAGAUAAAUUAUCAAAACAUACAGCAGGAAUUGAAGUCAUUAAUGGACGAAAAUAAACAUUUAAAAGAAAGCAUUCGCUGUAUUGAGGCCGAAAAGGAAUUUUUCUUGUCAAACAUUCUAAGACAUCCAGUAAUAUCGGAAGUGUUAUCAGACUUCUCAAAAUCAUUUGACAACAAUUUGACUGAUAUCAAACAGGAGAUUAUAUAUGUACAGAACUGAGUUAGUGCACGUUUGAGAGUGUGACCCAUAAGUGCUUUCAUGAAGGAAUAUUCAUAUUUUCAGACAUAUAAUUCAGGGAAAAAUCAAAUUAUUUGAUUACUAGUUGUUAGUGUUUUGUACUGUUAUGCUACAUUCGUGAAAUAAUCAAAUGAUCUAUGCAGCUA